UUUUCCACUUCAGAGGGAGUUCUUAGUUUUUAGUUUCUUUCCCAAGUUUGCGCGUUGCUUUCUGGGGUGUUGUUUAUAACUCUAAAGGUCAUUCUCAAGAAUUUCAGAAUAUGGAGAGACCUGGGUUCCUCUUGUCGAGAACAUUGUUGCUGGUAUACUCUGUUAUAUACAUGGUCAACUUAACCGUAGCACUAGCAACAAAAACCAUCACCACAGACCAAUCUGCUCUUAUUGCUCUUAAGGCUCAUAUCACUAGUGACCCUCAAAACAUCUUGACUACCAACUGGUCUGCCAGUAAAACCUCCAAUAUUUGCAACUGGGUUGGCGUUACUUGCGGUGUACACCACCUUAGAGUCACAGCCUUGAAUCUCUCCUUCAUGGGUCUCACAGGCAUCAUUCCUCCCCACCUAGCCAACCUCUCAUUUCUUGUUAGCCUAACCCUCCGAAAUAAUAGUUUCCAUGGCAACUUGCCCCAAGAAUUGGCUGCUUUGCGCCGAUUGAAGUUGAUUAACUUUGGAUUCAACAAUUUUAUGGGAAUCAUUCCAGCAUGGUUUGGGCACUUAUCCAAACUUCGAACCCUUGGUUUGUAUGGUAAUCAGUUUUCAGGUUCCAUACCCAAUGCUAUCUACAACUUAUCUGCACUGCAAGUACUUGAUCUUAGCAACAACCAGCUAUCAGGUAGCAUACCAAGAGAAAUCGGGAAGUUAACAAAGUUGAAGGGGAUAUACCUUGCCUACAACAAUUUUGAGGGUAAAAUACCGAGAGAAAUAGGGAACUUAACAAUGCUGCUGGAGAUAUACCUGGACAACAACAAUUUCAAAGAAAUUCCAAACGAGAUGGGCAGUUUAGAUAAGUUGGAGAACUUGUUCGUGCAGUUUAAUACCCUAAAAGGCACUCUUCCUGUGGCUCUAUUCAAUAUGUCUUCUUUGACUAGUUUGGCUUUACAUCUAAACAACUUGAAUGGUAGUAUUCCAGACAAUGUAUGUCAGCAUCUUCCUCGUAUUCAACUUCUUGAUUUGACUGACAACAAAUUUAGUGGUCCACUUCCCUCCAAAUUAUGGCAAUGCCGAGAGAUGCAAGUAUUAGCGUUGAGCUCUAACAAAUUCAGUGGAAGCAUACCCAAAAAUAUUGGGAACUUAACCCAAAUCACACAGCUUCAUCUUGAGCUCAACAACUUGACAGGUGCUAUACCACCAGAGAUUGGCGGUCUUCGAAGUUUAGAGGUUUUUGUAGUCUAUGGUAACAAUCUAAAUGGCCUGAUCCCAUCCACAAUCUUCAAUAUGUCCAUGAUAAGAACAAUAUCGCUUGGUCUAAAUCAGCUAUCAGGUAGCCUCCCAGCAAACAUAGGCGUUGGGGUUCCCAACUUGGAAAAGUUUGUUUUACCAGAAAAUCAAGUCAGCGGAGUAAUCCCCAACCUCUCCGAUGCCUCUAAGCUCACCCAUCUAGACAUGGGUAGAAACUCAUUUACUGGGUUCAUUCCUAGCACACUAUGUGCAUUAACAAACCUUCAAGUCCUUGGCUUAGAGAUGAAUACUUUGACAAUUGAUAUUUCUACUCCGGAAGCAAACAUUCUCUCUUGCUUGGCUAAUCUUAGAAAUUUGGCGGCAAUGUACUUGACAGGUAAUCCGUUAAAUGUCACAGUUCCUGUUUUCUUUGAGAAUCUGUCUACAUCAUUGCAAGAUCUUCGUUUAGCCCUUUGCAACAUGAGGGGUGAAAUUCCCAGUGAAAUUAGUAACUUGAGCAGCUUGGCAGCCUUGGACCUGGGUUACAAUCACUUGAGUGGACCAAUUCCAGCUUCACUGGGAAGACUACGUAAUCUGCAAGGUUUGUAUUUGGAUGAAAACAAGUUGCAAGGAUAUAUCCCAUACGAAAUUUGUCAACUCGAAAACCUGGUCGACUUAUUUUUGGGUGUCAAUCAACUAUUUGGUUCUAUACCUCCCUGUUUGGGUAAUUUAGCCACAUCUCUAAGAAGUCUAUCAUUAGAGUCAAAUUUGUUAAAUUCCACAAUACCAUCAACCUUGUGGGAAGUAGCAUUUAUAUUACACAUAAACCUGUCAUCCAAUUCUCUUACUGGAUCUCUAUCAGAUGAUACUGGAAAAUUAAAAGUUGUGACAGAUAUGGAUUUAUCAAAUAACAAUUUAUCAGGUCGUAUACCAAGCAACAUCAAGGGUUUGAAAGAUUUGGUUAAUCUCUCGUUGGCAAAUAAUAAUUUCCAAGGCCCUAUUCCUAGUUCAUUUGGCGACUUAGUGAGCCUGGAAAUCUUGGACUUAUCCAAAAACAAUCUUUCUGGAGUGAUUCCAAAGUCUCUAGAAAGACUCUUACACCUCAAGUAUCUGAAUUUGUCUUCCAACAGACUCCAAGGAGAAGUUCCAACCGGUGGACCUUUCAAAAACUUCUCUGCUCAAUCAUUUCUCUCGAAUGAUGCACUGUGUGGCGCACCCCGACUGAAUAUGUCACCAUGCAAAAGCAGUACAAAACAUAAACCCCGUUCCCGGAAAGUUGGUUUGUUCAUCUUGAAAUAUAUUAUUCCAGGGAUCAUAUCAGCAAUACUCCUAGCGGUCUCCAUAUCGAUGUUGAUACUACACAAGAAAAGGAGCGUACCAGUUGUAAUAGAGGCUACCUUGUCACCUCAACUUCUUUGGAGAAGAGUUUCACACCUUGAACUUCUUAGGGCGACAAACGGCUUUAAUGAAAGAAACUUACUUGGAAGUGGGGGUUUUGGCUCAGUGUAUAAAGGGACACUUUCAGAUGGGAUAGAUGUUGCUGUAAAGGUUUUCAAGUUACAGCUAGAAGGGGGUUUCAAGAGUUUUGAUAGGGAAUGUGAAAUGCUAAGCAAGAUUCGUCAUCGAAAUCUUAUAAAAGUCAUCAGUUGUUGCAGUCAAACUGAUUUCAAAGCCUUGGUACUGAACUACAUGCCUAAUGGGAGCCUUGAGAAGUGGUUGUAUACUGAAAACUCUUCUUUGAGUAUCUUACAGAGGAUGAAUAUAAUGGUAGAUGUUUCAUUGGCAUUGGAAUACCUACACCAUGGUUAUUCAAUACCUAUUGUACAUUGCGAUUUGAAGCCCAGCAAUAUACUACUAGAUGAUGAUAUGGUUGCACACGUUGCCGAUUUUGGAAUCGCAAAACUCUUGGGUGGAGGAGAUUCUAUGACCCAAACCAUGACCUUAGCCACAGUUGGGUAUAUGGCUCCAGAGUAUGGAAUGGAAGGAAUAGUUUCAACAAGAGGGGAUGUUUACAGUUUUGGAAUUGUAGUGAUGGAAACAUUCACAAGAAGGAAGCCAACAGAUGAGAUGUUUGUUGGGGAGAUGAAUUUCAAGCAAUGGAUUACAAAAUCACUAUUACCAGAUGCAAUAAAAGAUGGAGUUGUGGAUGAUAAUUUACUUGGGACAGAGCAGAAUGAUGAUGAUUUUGUGAGCAAGAGGGAUUGCUUAUCAUCCAUUAUGAGAUUAGCUCUCGCUUGCUGUGCAGAAUCACCAGAAGAGAGGAUAAGUAUGAAAGAAGCUGUAGCCACACUCAAGAAAAUCAAGACAAAGUUUCUGAAGGACGCUGCAGGAGGUGCUCUGUUAAACCGUCCUCUUGUUCAGCACUUCAAUUAAUGAAUUCUAUGACAUAUAUAUAUUUCAUGCACUUCGAUUUUUAAUUUCUGCCUUUAAUUGAUGGACCAAGUCAUGCUUUUUGUUUUGAUGUUUAACUGAUUGUAUGCUGGAGAGUGUAGACUGAUUGUA